CAUAAAUUAAUUUGUUCGGAUGACGGGGAUAGGAUUAUAUUCAUUGAUAAAGUGUACGAAUCUUAAGUUGGUUAGAUCAAUUUUGGUGAAUAAAGACUUGCCUACUCUCCGGUAAUUUUGCACGGCUAAGAAAUGUCGAAUGGAGAAAACAGUGUGGAUGGCAGUGUGUCAUCGCCCAACGAGGAAUUAAACAUAUCCGAGAUGGAAUCGGACAACGUCAGUGAAAACGGGGAAGGAGGAGGUCAUUCCGAAAAAAUGGACCCCGCCGAUAGGGAACUUUACGAGAAGUUAAAACGACAAGAAAGAGAGGAAAGAGAAGAGAUUGAAAGGGAAUUAAAAAGGGCCCAUGAGGAGGCUAUUGUGAGGAGACAUGAGGAAUUAAGGGCCAAGGAACUUAGGAUGCACGCGGAAAGGAUUCAACAGUUGGAACAGGAAAGGGGCCAGGACUUAAGAAUGAACAAACAUCUCCCUCACUCCGAGGAAUUCCGUGCCCACAGGGAGGGACUCUCCCUGUCCGAGUCCCCCCGUCUGGACAUUUUAUCUCAUAGUGCUUUCUUGGCCGAACGCUACCACAGAAAUUCUCACUCCCCCCAGAGCCCUACCUCCAUCAGCCCCACGGGGGACGGGCCCACUCAUCACUGGACAUUCGAGGAACAAUUUAAACAGCUUUAUGAAUUAAGUGAAGAUCCGAAGAGGAAAGAAUUUUUAGAUGACCUGUUUCAGUUUAUGCAGAAAAGGGGCACACCUGUCAACAGAAUCCCCAUCAUGGCAAAGCAAACACUAGAUUUGUAUGAGCUCUUCCGAUUGGUUGUUUCCAAAGGAGGCUUGGUGGAAGUCAUUAAUAAGAAACUUUGGCGGGAGAUUACAAAAGGUUUAAAUCUUCCUUCGUCAAUAACUAGUGCAGCUUUCACUCUCAGAACACAGUACAUGAAAUAUCUGUAUCCAUAUGAAUGUGAGAAGCUCAAGUUGAGCUCUCCACAAGAGCUUCAGGCUGCAAUUGAUGGAAAUAGACGUGAGGGUCGUAGGUCAAGUUAUGGUUAUGACCUUUCACCUGGACCGACCUUGAUCCCAACAGCUCACCAUCCUCACCUGAAUGGAAAUCUACUCAACGGCAAAUUUGGAGGCAGCACAUCAGCUGGAUUUUUUUCCAAUGCAGACCGUCGAUCACCGCUGACAAGCUUACAGAAAUUAUGGCAAUUACAAGCUCAUCAACUAUGUGGCGAGGAGGAAAGUAUGCCCCCCACUUCUACCCACCAUCACCGGAGCCUCACAGAACAUCACCUUACAGAACGCGAUGCCAUCGCCAUGGAGGCGGCUUCACGGGUCAUGGAACACGCUACACGUAAAAUGGAGGAGGCAUCACGGGCUGCCGCCCUGGUAGAGGAACCCCCCAGAAAGAGGCUGAUGACAUCGGAGGAGGAGCGAAUAAUCUCACACAACAGUAUGCCAAGCACACAUAUAAAGAUCACGAGUAGAAAUGAUGGUAGAACGGAGAUCGACAAUUCACUUGUGGUGAGCAUGGAAAUAAAUGGAAUAAUGUAUCAGGGAGUUCUGUUCGCACAUCAACCUAGGAGACUGUGAAGGGCUCCUCAUUUAUAUCGGACUAUUAACACAUCAAGGAUUUCAUCAGAACCGGACCAGUCAUUAGCCAGUAAUGGGCUUAUAGAACAUGGAAUUUCAUUGGCUGAACCAGCCAACCAAGCAAAAAUCAGUUUACAAGUGACACUUGCCAUAGUGAUGUUCUAUUGCCCUAGGAAAAGUUCUCAAUAGACUGGUUUUUACCAUGGUCAUCAUAAUUCAAAACAAUUUGGAGUGGUGCAAUAUCUUGAAUCAAGAUGGCUGCUACAAAAUGAUGUGUGAUAUACAGACAAUGUGGUAAACUUUAAAAUGUUGGACAUUAGGGUCAAAGUGAUGACCUUGACAUUGAGUUUACUCAGAGUGAGGCUGGUGUGUGGUAGGUUUAAAUUUAGAGGUGUGUGGCUGUGAGAAUGAUAUUCGGAGGUGGUGACCUUAUCUUAUUGUGUGCAAUGUGGAAUCUCACCAAGGCGUAGUAGUGUGUAUGUGUUAUAUACGUUGUACUGUAUAGGUCGUUUUAUAUGGAUCAAACCAUAUAUAUAGGUCAUUCUAUAUAGGUCAAUCUAUAUAUAUAUAUAUAUAUAUAGGUCACUUUAUAUAGGUCAAUCUAUAUAGAUUGUUCAAUGUAGGAUAUGUAGAAAUAAUUUAUCCUACCAAGACCUGCCUACAACAAACAUGUUUCUAUUACUGCAAGAUACCAGCAGUUUUGCUCUUCCUGGGGGACACAACCAAAAUGGUUUCCAGAUCUUAUAAAUGCCCAUAUUAGGAAAUCAAAUUCAAUAUAUUAAAUAGGAUGUUUGUUUUGGACAUCAAACUCAAUGUAUAAAGACUAUAUUAUGAGGAAAUCAUUAGAUUUUGUUAGAUUAUGAAAGGAUUUGGUGUCUUAUCAGGAUAUUCUUUGAUAGCCCUAAUUACAACAUGUCCUUAACUCCAAUGUCAUUUUGAUAUCAGAUUAUUAGAUAAAGGUGUUAGAAUUUUAAAAUGAAUCCAAAAUGUUCUCUGAGCAUUUUUUCAUGAGAACAAUCUCCAUGAGCAUAUACUGUGUAAGUAGUUACAGACACAGUCGGGUUACCGUCCCUUAUCAUGGACAGACCGGAAAUAUCACUUCUGCUCAGAAUGGUAAUGAAAUAAACUGACAUUUAUGGACAAUAAAAAUAAAAACAGCAACUAUUGGUGAGACUAUUGAAGUGUCAUAUUUCCUUAAUUUGGAGUAACUGUUCCUCCUAAAGUUUUGGUAGAUUUAAAACACUUUAUUCCGUACUUGUCAUUUGUCAAGUAACUCAAAAUAAGAAUAGCGCCUUUAAUUUUUUUCUAACAUGUCUAAAAUGUAAGAGAAUGCAUCUUUUAUUGUAUUGAUCAGACAUUGUUUUGAUAUAUUUUGGAUUCAUUAUGGUUAAUGUACCUAGCUUCAAACUCCAAACCGCUGUAUCUAAGAUGUGUAAAUGGUUUUAGAAUUGGUAUAUUACUACUGCCCUAAGGAAGGUGUCAUGGGUUGGGGAAUUUCUAUUUUCAAUGGAACGUUUUAAGGAUUGAAAUAUUAAUUUUUCCAACAGGAAGGUAUCCUGGAUUGAGGAAUUUCUAUUUCCAAAGGAACGUUUUAAGGAUUGAAAUAUUACUUUUGCUUAAAGGAAGGUAUCCUUGGUUGGGGAAUUUGUUUCCAUAGGAACAUUUAUAGGAUUGGAAUACUGCUUUUACCUAAAACAAUUUGUCCUGGGUUCGGGAAUUUCUAUUUCCAUAGGAAUGUUUUAGGAUUGGAAUAUUACUUUUUCCAACAGGAAGGCAUCCUGCGUGACAGGGAAUUUCUGUUUCCGUGUGUCUUGCAUUAGAGCAUGUUUGUUUUAGGGUCGGGAAUAUGUGUAUAAGGAAAAUGGUUCUCCUUUAAUUAUUUUAUAUAUUAUAUAUAUUUGCUUAUAGGUUUUGCUCAUAUUUACACCAAUAUCUGUAAGUAACUGGUGUAGUUGUUGUUGACAAUCAUUUCACUUAUAUCUUCAUUUUUUUUACACUAUGUAUACCUAAUUAUAAUAACAUAAUGUUUUUAAUACCUCAGUGUGUUGACCAUGUCAGCCGUCUAUAUCUCAAACAGAAAUGCUUGUCUUUGUAUCAUUACAUUAUCAUAUUAACUUGUUUAAAAGCGCUCUACUCUCCCAGGGGUUGAGAAUCAGAAGAAAUUUUUCGCUACAUUAUGUAUUUCCAUUCAGGGUUAAAUAUAAUUUCUGCUGUUUUGACCAAAUAUCCACGGACAAAUUAUGUUGUUGAACAUGUGAUUUCGGUAGUUUCUGAUGCUAGGUGGGAAUGUAAAGUGAUUAACAAAUCGUUAUACGAUAGUAACUUAAGUAAUCUCAGUGACAAUAUUCUCUGUCCUUUUGACAUUUCUCAUCAACACGGGACUUUAAUUUAGUAUGUCAUUUGAUCAGAUAGUGACUAUACAUAAAAUAUUUUGCUUUGUUGAUUCAGGAAGUUGAUUACUAAGCCAAUUUAGGCAACAUUUACUGCACAUCAGAAACAAAGAUUCGUUUUAUAGAACUGAGAUAGCGUUCGGAGGUGUAUACCUGACUCAAAACUUGAAUCUCGUUAAUUAACAAUUCAACAAAGAGUAAGAAAUCAUAAAGCAGUGUAUGACUUACCUUGCUAAGAUUGAUUUAAAGUUGUAAUAUAUUUGUACCGUUUAUCGUCAUCUACCAGAGGCGAGAGAAGUUACCUCCAUGUUGUACAUAACCCUGUGACCUCUGUACACAAGAUCUGGUCACGAUGUCUUCCAAACAAUGUCCCUGAAAUCCUGCAACACAAUGGAAUGUAGUCAUGUCACAAAAUACAUUUCUCACGCUCAUCCGACUCAACUAGCACUUCUUAUAUUGUGAUGUUUAUAGUUUUGUUUUAUUACUUGUACUAGUCAUUCAUUUAUAAUCACCAAGUCCUGGGGAUUAGAUAUUCGUAUAUUAUAUAACAGGUCUUCUGCAAUUAAUCCUUCAAUAUUGAGGUUAGUAUCAGCUGUGAACUUCUAUCUUAUAACACUUCUAGUAAAGAAUUCGGUACAAGAAAUAACUAAUUAGUACGGUAGAUGGUCCAAAUCUAGUAAUAUCACUGGUACUGGUUCCAUACCAGAUAAAAUUAUUUGUUAAUUAAUUACAUUAAUUAGUACCGUAGAUAUUCUAUACCUGGAAACGUUACCAGUAUGGUAAUUAGUACCGUAGAUAUUAUAUACCUGGAAACGUUACCAGUACGGUAAUUCGUACCGUAGAUAUUCUAUACCUGGUAACGUUACCGGUACGGUAAUUCGUACCGUAGAUAUUCUAUACCCGGUAACGUUACCGGUACGGUAAUUAGUACCGUAGAUAUUCUAUACCCGGUAACGUUAUCGGUACGGUAAUUAGUACCGUAGAUAUUCUAUACCCGGUAACGUUACCGGUACGGUAAUUAGUACCGUAGAUAUUCUAUACCCUAACGUUACCGGUACGGUAAUUAGUACCGUAGAUAUUCUAUACCCUAACGUUACCGGUACGGUAAUUAGUACCGUAGAUAUUCUAUACCCGGUAACGUUACCGGUACGGUAAUUAGUACCGUAG